AUGGUUACAAACGAAGACGUGAGGUUGAUUUCUAUUUGGUACUUGAAUAUUAGGGAUGUCUGCUCUAUUUUGUUUGGGGUUGCAGAUUAUAAAAUAUAUUCAAGUGAUAUUAGUGCAAGAGGAAACAGUCCCAGUACGAGAGUUAGUGCAAGACUGGAUCGUGCUUUAUGUAAUGGCGAUAGGCGUCUUAGGUUUGCAAAUUCAGCCUCUAAAGUCCUCCCAGCAGUUCAAUCGGAUCACUGCCCUAUUUUAAUUUCCCCUAAUGGUUUUGCUCCGGUUGUCUCUGUGAACAAGCCAUUUCGGUUUCAAGCAGCAUGGUUGACCAAUGAAAAGUUUAGGUUGUAUAUUGAAGAGAAAUGGGAUAAACAAGCCCCUUUAGUCCCUCACCUGGGGGAAAUUGCGAGUGACCUUCAGGAAUGGAAUAAAUCAGAAGAGCUCUUGUGGUAUCAAAAAGCGAGGGUUGAGUGGAUUCGGGAUGGUGAUAAAAAUACUACUUUCUUUCACCUAAGUACUAUUGCGCGUAGAUGGAGAAAUAAAAUCUCGGCAAUUAGAGAAUGUGUUGAUGGAGAAUGGAUUCAUGACAAAGUAGUAGUUCAAGAACACUUUGUAAAGUUUUUCCAGCAACUCUUCACGCAUUAUGAGGAGGCUAUUCAAGCUGAUCUGCCCUCUGAUUUUUUCCAGGAAUUCACCUCUAGAGACUGGGAUUUUUCAUCCUGCCCUUUCUCUAAGUGUGAAAUCGAGAAGGUCAUUAAGGAUAUGGGUGCCUUGAAAGCUCCUGGACCAGACGGUUUCUAG